GAACAGAUACAAGACAAGGAUUUUGUGAAGAUGGCUUCACAAGACUAUAAAGACGGUGGGAGCACCGGGCUUGUCCCGGUUGCAACGGCAACAACAGAUAUCUUCUCUCUUGCUGCGGAUAUAGACUUACCUGCUGUGGGCACUCUUUUUCCAGACUUGACAGGGCUGAAGUCACUGUCUUCAUCGAAUGAGUCAGAAGUCAUUCCGGCGGAAGAACAAGACCAAAUGUUUCGUGCACUGCAGAGAGUCCUCUCCAAGACCGAAGGGGAUGAAGACGCUUUCGAUACCAGAGAGCUUCGGAAUGCUCUUGAGUCCGCUGAUGUAGCUGCUCAAGAAGGCCAGCGUGGUCCUCAGCUUCUAGGAGGAGUAGCUGCGAUCCUUCAGAAGCUUUGGCAGAGUGAGUCCCAGUACCUGGUUGAAGCAGCCGAUGCAUUAGCGAAUGCUAGUCGUGAUCCAUCCUGGAGAAUCCCUUUUGGUCAGUCAGGGGUAUUGCAAUUCUUUCUACAGUUGAUUUCCAUACCAGAGGUCAACAAAGAUUUACUCUUCCAUUCAUUGCGCCUCAUUGGAAACUCUUGCGCUGAUACCGACGAGAAUCGAGAGAUUGUUGUAUCCAACAACUACACCCGAGCAAUCAUGCGGUUGGUUCUGAAUCCAGAGCUGGCCCACGUAGCCAUACCUGUGAUUUAUAAUAUCUGCAAUGAAUUUGAACCUGCUCAGGCUCAAGUCGCCGCUAAUCGUCUUGGAUAUGUUCUGCUCAAACAGAUAAACGACGGAGCUAUUACUGGAAAUGCUCUUCUCAACUUUACAUAUGAAUUGGUAGAACUGACAGCAGGGCAAGCGGCGGGCAUCGAGAACUCCCCCGACGGUACCAUCGUACUUAUAAUGGCCAUUGCUCUGAAAGAAGACACAACAUUCGCACAGUAUACAUGUCUCGUAACCUGUCUUGAGCAGUACAUGCAAACAGAGAGAUUCCAGGUUGCAAGCAUCCGACACAAGCUAGUAGAACAUAUCACAUCAGUUCUUCAGCGAUCCUUCAGCAUCGAAGUCAAUGAAUCCGUGACCGAAGAUGUUCAACUAUUAAACCAAUUACGUCUAAAACUCAACCAGACGUUAGCAGACAUCUCAGCACUGCCUUUGUUCCUCGAGACGUAUCCUGUCGGAUCCCCAUUGCUAGAUACCCUCCAGUCAUGGCUCACAGGCCGAGGGGACACACUACAAAUAUGCGCAUGCGUUGUGCUGGGCAACGUGGCCCGAACUGACGAAAUUUGUCAAUUAAUGAUAAGCCAGCUAAACAUCCAUCGAUCUCUAAUCCAUAUCUUGAAAACCAACACAAUCGGCGGUGUCCUCCACGCCGCACUCGGGUUUCUCAAAAACCUAUCCAUUGCAGAAUCAAACCGUGAAAAACUCGGAGAAGCAGAUAUCAUACCCGCUGUGUCCAAGGUAUGGACGUACGAUACUGUGCCGCAGGUACAAUUGGCAGCUGUCAGCGUAACUCGUCUGGUGAUUGCAUCGAAUAUCAAAAAUAUUACUCGACUGCUGACUUCGUUAUCCUCUGAUCCGGACUCUCCUGCCCAUUCACGUACGUAUUUGUCCAUGCUACUAUCGCUAUGCGGCAGGACGGAUACGGCACCCAUCAAGACCGAGAUUGGCCGUAUUAUCUGCUCUCUUUGUCGGACUCUAUUAUCUCGCUCGAAAGCAUCGGAGGUUGAUGAUGCUGAGACUGCACGACUGUUGGAUAGACUAUUCGAUCUUCAUGAGGACAUCGCUCGUCCCUUAGGCGCCAUGAUCACGCAGACCGAGUGGCCUGUUGUGCGUAGCGAGGGAUGGUUUGCUCUGGCUCUGAUGGCGUCUCAUGAUAAAGGAUGUCCUGCUGUAGUGGACUGUCUGAUUGACACGGACAUCUAUACGCAGGUUGAGAAGAGUCUUGAUGUGGCUGAUGAUGAGUCUGCUGCUACGAAUGAGCAGUUGCAGAGAAGGGGGGAUAGGGAUAAUCUUGUGAUUAUGGUGAAGGAAUUGCUGGGUAGAGAUCCGGAGUCUUUGCCUGAGGGAAAGAAGAAGAGGCUGAGGGAGUUGAUGGAUCGGGCUGUAGCAUCGCUGAGCUAGUAAGUCAUUAUGUUGGAUAUUAUAUAGAGGUGCCUAGUUUGUACAUUGGUUAGAUAUGUCUAGUUCGUCAUUCGUAAAUAUCUACUCUAUCCAAAAAAAAAUUCAAUGACAUAUAUACACAAUGAAGGGUAUAUAACAUAUCCAAGCUGACAAACAUAACAACCUCAAAUCAUGGAUGCAUCUUGUUCUCCCUCAGUUUCUUCUCCGUCUUCAUAAACUCUCUAAUCCCCACAGGAAUCCCCUUGAACAAAUCCUCUUCACUUUCCACACCCAAUUCCAAAGGUAGAUCCCAAUUCGUCUCACUCCCACCUCCAUCAUCAUCCAUACUCAUACUGGCACUAGCAACUUCCUUCCUUGGACUUUGUUUCAUCUCUUUACCCUUCUGGCCCUUAGCAGUUGCCAUCGAACCGCCUUUACCAGCAAGCCUAGCAUCCCUAACCCUCGAAGCCCAAUGCUCCAAAUCAUCUCUAUAAUCAUCCCAAACGCAAUGUACGCACCCGCUCAUACAGCAAUUAUCUGGUUCCAUGGGCCGCGGCGGGAUCGGUAUGCCGUUGACUUGUUGCCAGGUUGAUUCUGGACGCAUGGUUUCGGGGUUGUAGCGGGUUGACUGGUAGCCUGGGCCUGCGAGACGGGUGCCGAAUACGAUGGACAUUUUUUCUUCUUUUGUUGGUUCCUUCUUCUCUUCCGUGGGUUUGUUGUUGUUGUUAUCGCUACUAAGUGGUUGGUGAGGUUGUUGAUGUGCUGGUUGGUUGAAGGACAGGACGUCGGAGUAGUAGCCUGAUAAAGGGUAGGCUUGAUGAGUUUCUGGGUUAUUUUGUGUUGUUGUACCUUUGUUUAUGGGGGUGUUAUGAAAUGAUCGUUUGACUUGGAUAUUGUAAGAGGUUCGUGAUGUCGACUCGGAGAGACGACCACGAUUGCGAUCGCAUUGUAGAGCCGCAGCGGAAUUAUACCAAUCAGUCAGGCGAGACUGUCUAGAUUUAUAAAGUGAUUGCAAUAUUGAGAGCCUGUUUGGCGUCAGUAUCGACCGCUCCAUUCUGUACAAUCGUCUCGAACUGAGAGACCAAAUGCCGC